AUGUCCCAUAUACGUACUAGGAAUGGUUCUGAGAGACCAAAUUAUGCCAUUGAUCAAACAGGUUUAGAUAUUCCAGAAAAUGAUAACCUUGAUGACGAUUACAAAGACGAAGAAAAAGAAACUAAAUAUGAAGAAGACAACACUGUUGAGGAUGAUAACGAUGAAGAUGAAGAUGACGAUGAAGAAUAUGGAACGAAAGAGAAAGGCAAUCGUGAGAUACAGCACUCAAAUACACCAAGAGUCACAACGGGAAGACGUGGUAGACCUCCAAAGAGAAAAUACAAAAACACUGAUGAGGAUGGUAAUCAAGCUACAGAUGCUUCCGAGACAGAGAGAUCCAGAAGUAACUCUGUUAGUGAAGGUUAUCCAGCUACCAAAAGAUAUCAUUUCCCAUACCCAGUUGAUGAUGAAGGAAAUCCCGUAGCAGUUGUUGGUGAUGAAUAUGAUCUUCCGGAGGAUACAGAGGGUGAAACAAAGAUUAAUAAAGAUGGAGAUUUAUUAGGUGGUAGGAAAUUCUUGGUUCGCUCUUUUACUUUAUCCGAUAGGGGUAAUAAGAAAUAUAUGUUAUCGACAGAACCGGCUAGAGCAGUCGGAUUCAGAGAUUCUUAUUUAUUUUUCCAAUAUCAUCCAAACUUGUAUAAAUUUAUUAUAUCCCAAGAACAAAAAAAUAGUUUGAUAGAUCGUGGUGUGUUACCCUAUUCAUAUAGGAGUAGACAAAUUGCACUUGUCACGGCAAAGAGUGUCUUCAGAGAAUUUGGGUCUAAGAUUAUUCAAAAUGGUAGAAAUAUAACAGAUGAUUAUUAUGCGACAAAAUUACGUGAAGAAGGAAAAGUUGUUGAAGGUUCACUUUCGAGAGAACCAUCAAAAAAGAAUUUAACAAAACCAUCAAAUGAAGGUUCUGAAUAUUAUAGUUCUAAUGGAAUAAAUCCUGCCAAGAACACUGUUGAAUUUUUCGCAGAAAGGAAUCAAAGUCAUCGUCAUAAUGCAGAUAGUACAUUGGUAGCAAAUAAUAAUCAAAUUAAUGCUACAAAUUGGUUAUAUCAGCAUGCGGCUGCAAGUAGUAGAUUCAACAGUGAUAUGUAUUACGAUAGGGUACGUGUAUUAUUAAUUGAGAGUCAAGGUAUCAGAGAUCCAUAUACUAAUGUGUUGCAUAUACCUAGUAAUACACAACCUUCUAAAGUGCUUGGCUAUUAUAAAGUAAAAGAUGGCAAACCUAUACCUGAUGAUGCAUCCAUUAAAUAUGAGACCCUAAUUCGUGAUCAAGACUUAACUAGAGCACGUACAGGUCUAAGCGAAAUACCAAGAGAAAUAUAUGAGGAUCUGUUGGAUGAAAGUUUGAUCCACGAAAUUGAGCAGCAAAGACAAUUUGAGUCAUCUUCAUAG